AUGGGAACAGCAUGUGGUUAUGGAGGAGGCAUGGUUGAUGCCCUAAAUGCUAAUUUCUAUGGAAAUGGCACUCAAACUUUGGUGCUGGUUUUUGAUUUGGCUUUCGCCCCAAAUGUAAGGCCUUCUUCUCUUUAUGACCCAAAGAAGUAUUCAACUUUUGAUGGAUAUGCUGAGGACGCUUGGUACUUGAAUGAAGAAGGGUACGAAGGAGGCUUCACUAGAUCAGAACUGGACACAAUCUUUGAAUCAAUAAAGCAAAACUUUUCAGGGUGGGCACACAGCUUUGCUCCAAACGCUAUUAGCACAAACAAUCCAGCAGCAGUUGCUGAAUUUGAACGCAGUCUGCUAAGAAUGAUCAAACCAGAAGUUGCACUAAGUGUAGCUAAAACAGUGUUUUUAAGUGACCUCAGAUGGGUUCUGCCACUAGUUCGUGUGCCUAAUUCCACCAUAAUUCAGCCCAGAGAAGACCCUAUUGUUCCUGUAAACGUUGCUUUUUGCAUGAAAUCAAAAUUGGGUUCUCGUUCCAAAGUCACAAUUCUAGAAACACAAGGCCAUUUUCGUCAGCUGACAGCUUAUCGUUUGUUGUUGCAAGUUCUUAAGGAUUCAUUGUCUCUGAAGUAA